AGGAAUGGAGAGAGGGAAGGUGGUUGUGGAGAGGGUAGGAGGGAAGUCAAAGGUGACAAGAUGCUUUUGCAAGUACCCUUUGAAAUUCAUCGUCCCUAAUAAGGUGGGAGCUGCUGCUGCUGCUGAUGCUGUGUGGAUUUACACCAUCACCUACGGCGGAGGCAUCGUCUCUGGGGACUCCAUUGCUUUUGACGUUACGGUGGGUGAUGGCUGUACUGCUGUUUUCACCACUCAAUCUUCUACCAAGGUUUACAAAUCUCUAGGAUCAAAAUCUUCUCAACAAACAUUAGAGGCGAGCGUCGGACAAGAUGCACUGUUGGUAGUAAUUCCCGAUCCAGUCACUUGCUUUUCCACUGCAAAAUAUUCCCAAAUUCAAAAUUUCAAAUUGGCAUCUGGAUCCAGCUUGCUUCUUGUUGACUGGAUAACCAGCGGCCGUCACGAAUCUGGCGAGAAAUGGGCCUUUUCCCAUUUUAAGACCACUAACCGCAUUCUUCUAGACGACAACGAACCCGUAUUUCUUGACACCAUGUUGUUAGAGCAAGAAAGUAACAGCAGUAUCGCGGACCGUCUGCAGGACUACCAAGCAAUAGCCAUGAUAGUACUUUGGGGGCCAAAGUUGAAGCCUAUUCAGAACCAAAUCCAGGAAGAUGUGAAGAAGUUAAUGUCUCGGCAAUUCCGUAUGCCUACAAUUGGCUCGGGUUUUGCAGACAGUAAAUUGCCCAAACCGAGUUUUCUUGCUUCUUGCACUACUUUUGGGCCACAGGGUACGGGAGUGGUGAUCAGAAUUGCAUCGACCACAACCGAAUCUGUAUACAAAUUUCUUCAACAUCAAUUGGCUAGCAUGGAAGCAUUUCUUGGAGCUUCGCCAUAUAGCUAGAUGGAAAAAAUAAUAUCGAUGCAUCUUACAUGUUUUCAAAGUGAUACAAAAUGGGACUUUUUGUUGUUGUUGUUGGUGCUUGCUUAUGCAAAUAUACUUGGUUUUCAUUUGUGACAAUUUUGUUUCUAGUAAGUAUGUUCAUAGAUUUGCUAAUUUGGGAAAGAAUUUGGUUUUAAUAUCAAAUAAUUCUAUAA